AAUCUCCAUGGUUAGCAAUACUUCCGCCAACAUUUCUACUCACAGAAAACAUACAAAAUGAGUUUGUUAAAUCAGGGAAGAAAUGAAAUUCGAUUCAAUAACUCAGAUGGAAAAUGUUUACUGGAAAAUUGGGUAGAAGAGCGACAAGUUGCAGACCUUGAUAAAAUAGAUAAAGAUGAAAAAAUAACAAGUAGUGCACAGAUCUUUAGAGAUGGACAUGCAGGAAUUCUUACGACAGAAUUUGAUUCCAAGGUUGAUAAUGUUACUACAGUUCGUCAGUCCUACAAAAAACCAGAGCCAUGUGGUGUGAGGCUAGUAGGUAAAAAGGAAGAAUUACAGAAACUUAUGCUUUUGGAAAAAGUUGGGAGAGAAGUAUUUUCAGAUGAACUCAAUCCACCUCAGCCAGAACCCACCGAUUUCAGAUCAAUAACAAUGAAAGACUUCAAUAAACCUGAAUUUGUCAGCAAAAAGCCAGUUCCCACAAAGACACACGAUUACAGAAAAGACCAGCCUGUUACGUUUUGGUCAGAACACAAAGAUGUUAUUCAUGGAGUCUCCCAACUUAAAACUGGAGACACGCCUUUCAGGAAAAAUGAUGCUUUCAGUAAACCUAUAGGAGAAUAUUGGAAUGAGCCCGCUCCUCAUGAACUGGAAGACUACCCCAAGAUGUGAAAAAAUGUUAACUUUUAUAGAAAAACUAUUGAAUUGUCAUGCAUCCACAUUUUCGACCUCUGUUCAAAUAAUUUUAAUGGUAAAAAUAAUUCCAUUCUUGGAUAGUAUCAGAGGAAGAAAAAUCAGUUAUGAACACAUUUCUCAUACAUCUUUGUGAAUGGUGUUAUAAAUGUGCGAUAAGAUAUAAACACAAUAAGAUAUCUGGUAGUUUAUAAGUUCACCAUUGUAUAAAAUUUACUGUAAUUGAAUUUAUGGCAUAUAAUAUUUCAA